GCGUUACGUGAACUAAAUGAUUCUGAUAACAUUCGUGUAAAUGCUGUUGCUUCCGGAUUUGAAACGCCUAUAACUAAGCAAACAAUCGAGAAAUUUGGAUUUGUUCCCAUUGAUGAAGCGAUAGAUGCUUAUAUAACAAUCAUUGAAGAUGAUAAACUCGUAGGUGAUGUUAUCGCGAUUCCAAAAACGAAUCAAUCAUACGUUGUGCCAAAGUCAUACUUGGAUGA